GCAGGUCAGUUGUGAUCAAUUAAAAGUUUUCAACAUGGCCAGUGGAACUUUAAAAAUUGGUAGGAUAUAGAAACUAAUAUUUAGAAUGAAUAAAACAUUAUCCGUUACAGACCAAUUACAAUAUGUACAUCACAGUUCUGGGGGUACGAGGUUUAAAUCGAGAUUCUGGUCUUCCAGUGGGGAGUUUGCCUCCCCUCUCCUCUUUGACAAAUUCAAGGUAACCUUAAUAUUUUACUAUAAUUCUGUCUGAAGUGUGGUAUUUCCUCAUUUUCUGAGAAAUAAAUAGCCUCCUUUUUACUGUUACACUACAUUUUGAUUUUAUGUUGAAAAUGAAUUCUUUGUACAUUUACGAAAGAACCUUUCAAUGGGGAAAAUGUUAUUUACACAAACAUUUAAAAAUUAUACGUCAGAGACAUACUAUCAAUCUCCAAACCUGCAACAUUUUCUUUUUUUCCUCUUUUCCAAACACCUCAUCGCAAUCAAAUACCACCCCCUUUUCCAGGACUGAAUAGUCACUAGCAACAGAGUAAGUCACUUCAUUGACAAAUGCGCACCAGUGCAAACAGCGUGAACUGAACACUCGAGAGUCGAUCUGAUUAGGCCGAUGUCGAGCGUUGUCUGCGCCGUCGUCGGUAUCGAUAUUAUCGAGGUUUGUGUCGAGCCGCCCGCCGCGUCUGUUGUCACGAAAGGAGCAUUUGCGUUCUCUACGCCGCCUCACGUUGGUCGGAGUGGGCGCGGGACGGGGCAGCCCGUGGAAAAUAAUCACACGAAUUUCAUCGGAACCCUUUCUCCCCCUUCCCCAACAGUCAGUCGUCGUUGCGUUGCUGUGGGGGACAAACAAAGUGUUGUAACGAGGCCGAGACGAGGUGCUCGCAUGCAGUUGCAGGUUGCCGCUCCAGUGGGUUCUUUGGUGAGCGAGCAAAAGUCAACGCCGUCUCUCCUUGGGUUCAUACUUUGAAAAGCAUUUCGCGACUCUUUAUUUCUGCUCACACUCAUUAAAUGUGCCUGAAUGACACAUGUUCGCUGGCGGUUUUAUUUACUGACGCCCAGCCUGUGAGCAGCGCGUCGUGAGCUUGUCGGCCACUAUAUUUUGAAAGAGAGCCAAUCACGUCUGCUAUUCAAAUCCACGCUUAUGUCAGUGACCUAUUUCUCAUGUACGUGCGCCAAGAGUCCGCAGUCACCUCAACGCUAGGCCAGGCAGCAUGGGGACGGACGGGGUAGACGAUCAGGCGCAGCCGUCGAGCCGGGUGUCCGGGACGGAGCAGUCGGGCGGUAGUGCCCGAGAGUCGGGGUGCCAGAGCAAUGAACAUGCGGCGCAGAGCGAGCGCACACUCCCGCAGGAAGACGGCACCGUGCAAGUGAUCGAGGCUGGAUGCAAGCCAACCUCAACUCCGGCUCUCGAAACGGACACAGCAGAGAGCCACGGCGGAGGAUUCGUGCCCCCCGAAGGAGGUUUUGGCUGGCUGGUGGUUUUGGCAGCCACCUGGUGCAAUGGGUCCAUUUUCGGGAUUCAGAACUCUUUUGGGAUCCUACACAUGAUGUUGGUGAGGGAGCAUGCCGACCCCGAGGACAAGACGUCUCAGUUCAAAGUGGCCUGGGUCGGGGCUCUUGCCAUGGGGAUGAUCUUCUUCUGUUCGCCUGUGGUCAGCAUGUUUACGGACCACUUUGGCUGUCGGAAAACUGCCGUCAGUGGGGCAAUCCUGGCAUUCAUCGGAUUGCUGAGUACAUCUUUUGCAAACUCCUUGAGCCUCCGCUAUUUCACUUAUGGAAUACUGUUUGGCUGUGGAUCCUCCUUCGCUUUCCAACCCUCUUUGGUUAUCCUUGGCCACUACUUUCGCCAGCGUCUGGGCCUUGCAAAUGGGGUGGUGACGGCAGGUGCCAGCCUCUUCUCCAUGGGUCUCCCGGUUUUGCUGACCAAAGCUGUGGAACCACUGGGACUUAGCAGAACCUUCCAGAUCUUAAGCUUAUUUAUGUUUGUGCAAGCCUUGCUGGCACUAACAUUCAAGCCAUUGCUCCCUGCUGGACCUUGCAUGGGAUCAACUGGCCUUGCUAAGUCCCAUAUCCAGGCAGGUGCAACUCCUCAGAGUGGGAGUUGGUGGCAGAAGGCAUUGGUGGGGAUCAGAAAGUACUUCAACCUGCGAGUAUUUCACAUCCUCACUUACCGUGUGUGGGCAUUUGGAGUUGCAACGGCAGUACUUGGCUACUUUGUGCCUUAUGUCCAUCUGAUCAACUUUGUCAAGGAGCAGUUCAAGGAGACCAAGAAGGAAUGGGUACUCCUCGUGUGUAUCGGAGCAUCAUCAGGAGUGGGACGCCUCACUUUUGGCAAAGUUGGGGACCUAAUUCCUGGUCUGAAGAAGAUCUACAUGCAGGUGGCAUCCUUCAUAGCCCUGGGCCUCAUGUCCAUUAUGAUCCCUCAAUGUUCCCUCUUUGAGGAACUUGUGGUGGUGUGCGUAUUCCUGGGACUGUGUGACGGCUGCUUCCUGACCAUGAUGGCCCCCAUAGCGUUUGAGCUGGUUGGCCCCAUGCAGGCCUCACAGGCCAUAGGAUACCUGUUAGGCCUUAUGUCUCUUCCAAUGACUGCAGGCCCUCCCAUUGCAGGUCUUCUUCACGACUACUUUGGGAACUACAUGGUGGCCUUCUCUGCAGCUGGUGUGCCUCCCAUGAUUGGGGGAGUGGUUCUGUUCUUUGUACCCCUCAUUCACCAGCGGCAGAAACGUGGGCAGACCACUGCACCAGAAGAAACGACUGCUCAUAUGUUACCCAAUGCCCAACCGACACCAAAGAGCUGCUCCAAUGGAGACAUGCUGCCUGGCUACAUUGAUGCAGUGACACAUAUCUGACAAUGAUUGCCCUUCUCUAGAUUAUACUGGAAGGACCAGCCCACUGCCGACCUUUGAUUUCGCCUCCUCCUUUAACCUUUAUGGUGGUUCAUUGUUAAGAAAAACUGUUCCGUGAUCCCUUUUAAAACUGUAGUUGUGAUGACACCGCUUAUAUAAGUUAAGGAGGUGAAGCUAAACACAGUCAAAGAAGGCAGCAAAAAUAUUAGCACAUAUCAUACCUCAAGGUAGAAUAAAUGAAGAAUUUAUGAUUAUUAUUACCAAUAAUGGUAGUUUAUGCUUGGGGUUUUAAGGUCAAAACCUCAGGUUGAUACUUUGAUUUGGAAAUCCCAAUAGAAUAUCUUUUAAAUACAUGAGAUAUCGUCAUGAAUGUACAAUUAACAGUAGCUUGUCACCUUUAAAAAAACAUUACUUUAUAAUGUACUUUAGUUACUUUUACCAGUGAGUAACUUAUGAAUUAUCUUGUAAAAUGGUGGAUGAGUAUUUUCUAUGCUAUACUGUAUUUCCUCAACUUGUGAUACCAUUAAGUUGAAAUACAUGAGUGAAAGCAAACUUUGACUUUGUUGAGUGGGCAUGAUGGAAAGGCAAGCAAUUUCUCUUGUUCAAUCAACAUUGGUUGUGACAAAACCCCUUUGUUGAGCUCUGUAAUAAUAAGUAGUCAAACUCAUAUUCUCACGGAGAAAUUUAGUCUGAAUGGUCCAUCCACCUCUGCAGUUGAUUGCAACUUUUACGAUAACUUCUCUAUACCGCGGUGAGUGUGGAUCAGUUGGUAGAGUGUGUGAGUCAGUGACCGAUGGGUUGCCGGUUUGAAUCCCACCUCCAACUGUCUCUUCAAGUUUUCUUGGGCAAGACACCAACCCUAAUUUGCUCCCAGUGGGAGCCGUCAGCGCCUCGCAUGGCAGUAGCCACCCAUUAGUGUAUGAAUGUGUGUGAAUGGAUGAAUGUGAGGCUUUAUGAAGCGCUUUGGGCACUGUGAUAGUGUAGUUAAAGCCCUAUAGGAGUCCAGUCCAUUUACCAUUUUACACUGAGGCAAAACGCAGGGAAAUAUUUUGCUAAUAUCACGAGAAAGAAAAAAGGCUCAGUUCAACUCAAAGUACAUUUGAAGCAGCAUGAACUACUUCACCAGCCAGCUUCACAGGAGGCAGAAGUGCAACUGAGGAAACGUACGCAAGAACAAGGAAAAUAUUCUUCAUAUUUCAUUUAAUGAUGUGUGUGUAAUAUCUAGGUUUAACAAAUUCCUUGCAAAAUUUCAAAUUGGUCGGCUUACUUUCAAGUUCCUUAGAUCAUUUAUUGUGGUGUCAAGAUUUUGGGAAGAUGCUACUUCAUUUGUCACUUUCAUGGAUGAGUCCUAGGUUUUUUCUGGCAUUUCCACUUUAGGGUCAUCUUAAUGACUUUGCAUAGAAUUUUUGUCACAUUGAAAAAUUCUAUUGGAACAUUCCCAUGCAGGGACAAUUUCUUCUUUGUUCACUUUUACCAUGCAUUUUCUUAAACACUGAAGUCAAAUUGGGUCAACUGACUAGAAGAAGAGAUUAGAUUACAUUUUCCUUUUUUGUCUUCUUAGUCACUAAUCUUCUUAUUCUUUCUUCUGUUACAUUGUCUUACAAGUUUGCUCUAAAUCUGUAGCUAUAUUUCAAUCACAAAACUACUAGUAUUAUGAUCCUUAAUCCUUGGAACAAAUGGUUCAGAGCAUUUGCCUCUUAGUUCUGAGGUCCAGGUUCGAAUCCCGGCCCUGCCUGUGUGGAGUUUGCAUAUUCUCUCUGUGCCUGUGUGGGUUUCCUCCAGGUGCUCCGUUCCCUUUCACACCCCAAACCAUGCAUUAAUUGGGCACUCUAAAUUGCCCCUAGGUGUGAUUGUAAGUGCAAAUGGUUGUUUGUCUCAAUGUGCCCUGCAAUUGGCUGGCAACCAGUUCAAGGUGUACCCUGCCUCCUGCCCGAUGACAGCUGGGAUUGGCUCCAGUACUCCUGUGACCCUUGUGAGGAUAAGCGGCUGAGAAAAUGGAUGGAUGGAUGGAUGGACGGAGGUAUAAUUGAUUAAUUUAAUCAAUUUAUUAAAUAUUAAAUGGAUAUUGUUACAUGUCUUUUCCAACUAAAUAAACCACAAGGUGACACAAUCAAGCUCAUUCUAGCUAGCCACAUAAGUUUACUUGUCCUAAAAUCAAAAACAACCAAAAUGUAUUUUUUUUAACCAUAAUCCAAUUUUAAUUCACAUCAUGACUCAAACAUUUAAAAAUAUCAUAUUUUGCUCAAGUGAGAUGAGAUUAAUAAAUACAGGUUGCAUACAUUUUCUGUGGACUAGACAUAUGCGCUAGUUCUACCUAGUUUGUACAACCUACUGAGUCCUCUAAAUAUAACAAAGUUGUGUUUUUUAUCCCCCUCAGUUAUCUACUAAUGUUGAGUGAUUUUGUCAUUAUUAUUUGUCAUCAUUGAUAAAUGAAAUAUUUUUAGAUGACUUCUGUAAAUUUGUCCACUGAUGUCUAAUGAGUACAACUAUAAGUAGGAAAGUGAAUGUUUAUGCACAGGUUGUAUCUCAAUUUUAAAUGCAUUUUUAGUAUUGUUGCUGUGAAUAUUAUUACUUUUGCUCUGUUUCAGUGUUUAGUGUUUUUUUUUAAACCUUAUUUUCCAAAAUCUUUUUUUUUUUUU